GCGGGCUUUCGCUUUCGCUUCCCCUUUCCGACACAUCUCCGGGUCCUAGGCGAUCAUGGCGCUCCUGGAGGUGUGCGGAGCCCCCCGAGGGCAGAGGAAGGAUUGCGCUUUCUCCACCCUAGGCAGUCAGCUUCGCUCGGACCCUGGACACUACAGUUUCUCUCUGCGAUCUCCGGAGUUCGCCCUCCCCCGAGGAAUGCAGCCCACUGAAUUCUUCCAGUCCCAUGGUGGGAAUGGAGAAAGGAAUGUUCAGAUCGAGAUGGCCCAUGGCACCACCACGCUGGCUUUCAAGUUCCAGCAUGGAGUGGUUGUGGCGGUGGAUUCUCGUGCUUCUGCUGGGACUUACAUCGCCACCUUAAGGUGUAAUAAGGUGAUUGAGAUUAACCCUUACCUGCUUGGCACCAUGUCUGGCUCUGCUGCGGACUGUCAGUACUGGGAGCGUCUGCUGGCCAAGGAGUGCAGGCUGUACUAUCUGCGGAACGGGGAGCGUAUCUCAGUGUCGGCAGCCUCCAAACUGCUCUCCAACAUGGUGUUCCAGUACCGGGGCAUGGGUCUGUCCAUGGGCAGUAUGAUCUGUGGCUGGGAUAAGAAGGGUCCUGGACUCUACUAUGUGAAUUCAGAUGGGACUCGGCUCUCAGGAAAUAUGUUCUCCACUGGCAGUGGGAACACCUAUGCCUAUGGGGUCAUGGAUAGUGGCUACCGGCCCGAUCUGAGCCCUGAAGAGGCCUAUGAGCUGGGCCGCAGGGCUAUCGUUUACGCCACCCACCGAGACAGCUUUUCUGGAGGUGUUGUCAAUAUGUACCACAUGAAGGAAGACGGUUGGGUGAAAUUGGAAAGUACAGACGUCAGUGACCUGCUGCACCGGUACGGGGAGGCUAGUCAGUAAUGGCGGCGGCCAGACACGCCUUCUCUGGCAAAACGUGGCCGACUCAGGGACCAGGCCAGCUUACACCCCACAGGAAAGAGGGGCCUGACCUGAGCUCUGUGGAAGCGAACCAGCGGCCAGUGGGGGGCAGGGUGGAUUUUACCCUAUUGGGUGUUCUCCGUUUCAAGGAUCAUUCCCCCUCCCCCAGCCUCUGGUUGCCCCACUAAACACAAUAAAGGAAAAUGGUUAUAAG